AGUUUUUGCUUUCACCAUUUUCUCAUUUUCCUUCAAUAUUUUGCCCAGAUUAAUAAUAAAAGGAGAUGGCAAGUUGGGGAAGAAGAUCGUUUGUAGUAGUAGCUUAUCGUAUCGGAGCAUUUUCAAAGGUAAAUUUGCAGGGAAGAACUGCUCGAAUUCGAAUCGAUGGCGGUUCAUGCCGGAGACAUCCUUUCAAUCCUGGAGUUUCAGUCCCACAUCCAUGGCCAUGCAAUAGUAUGGCUUCCCUUUUCUUGGCUGGGCGUUUCAAAUCCUCAAUAGCUGGAAAUCAAGUUGAUUCUCGACACAAUGACGAGGAUGACGACGAUAAUCAGGCAAUAGAUUUUCCUGGAGGAAAAGUUGCAUACACUACAGAAUUGAAAUUCAUUUCAGGGUCUUCUGAUAAAAGAAUACCUUGCUAUCGAGUUCUUGGUGAUAAUGGAGAGCUAAUUAAAGGUGUCGACUUUGAAAAGGUAAACGAAGAACUGGCAGUGAAAAUGUACCGUGACAUGGUUACUCUGCAAGUAAUGGAUACUUUCUUCUAUGAAGCACAAAGGCAAGGGAGAAUUUCCUUCUAUAUGACAUCAUUUGGCGAAGAAGCUGUUAACAUUUCAUCUGCUGCUGCACUUACAAAAGAUGAUAUUAUCAUGCCUCAGUAUCGGGAACAUGGGAUUCUAUUGUGGCGUGGUUUCACGCUGCAGGAAUUUGCCAACCAAUGCUUCGGGAACAAGGAUGAUGUCGGGAAAGGAAGGCAGAUGCCGAUUCAUUACGGCUCAAGCAACCACAAUUUCGUGACCAUAUCAUCCCCUAUUGCAACUCAGCUUCCUCAAGCAGCAGGCAUGGCGUAUUCGCUUAAGACGGAUAGAAAAGAUGCUUGUGUCGUAGCCUUUAUCGGCGAUGGCGGUACCAGUGAGGGAGAUUUUCAUGCUGGUUUGAACUUUGCAGCUGUUAUGGAAGCCCCAGUAAUUUUUGUUUGCCGCAACAAUGGCUGGGCCAUUAGUACACCGAUAUCGGAACAAUUUCGAAGCGACGGUGUGGCUGUAAAGGGCCAAGCUUAUGGAAUCCCGAGCAUUCGGGUCGAUGGAACUGAUGCACUCGCUGUUUACAGCGCCAUUCGUGCAGCUCGAAACAUGGCUGUAAACGAACAACGACCUGUUCUAGUUGAGGUAAGAUCACAUAGAGUCGGACACCAUUCCACGUCCGAUGAUUCGACCAAGUAUCGUCCCCUAACCGAAAUCGAGCACUGGAAAACGGAUCGAGACCCAGUGAAUAGGUUUAGAAAAUGGGUUGAACUCAAUGGUUGGUGGAGUGAAAGAGAUGAAACUGAACACAGAAGUAGCAUAAAGAAUGAGAUAAUGAAAGCGAUUCAAGUGGCGGAGGGAAGGAAGAAACCGCCACUCACGGAGUUGUUCACGGAUGUUUACGAUGUCCCACCAUCUAACCUUGUUGAGCAAGAUAAACAACUCAGAGAAACUAUAAAUAAAUAUCCACAAGAUUUCCCCUUCGAUGUUCCCCUAUGAAUAAUCAGUGUCUUGUUUAAACAUGAA